AUGCGAGGACCGACUAUUAUCAAGGCAGAAGAUGACAAGACACGACAGCUGAACAAGAACACGCUCAUGGCGUUUAGCGGAGAGGCGGGUGACACCGUGCAAUUUGCCGAAUACAUCCAAGCCAACAUUCAACUCUAUUCGAUGCGCAACGAUACCGAGCUCAACCCGGCUGCCGUUUCCAACUUUGUUCGAGGAGAGCUGGCCCGCAGCUUGCGGUCACGAAACCCCUACACAGUCAACCUGCUGCUUGGCGGCAUGGACCCAACCACCGAGCAACCACACCUGUAUUGGAUCGACUACUUGGCUUCUCUGGCACCUGUACCAUAUGCCGCUCACGGAUAUGCUCAAUACUACUGCCUGUCCCUUCUUGACAAGCAUCACAACCCAAACAUUGAUCUCGAGGAAGGAAUGAAGCUCCUCGGAAUGUGCACAGAUGAGCUCAAACGUCGACUACCCAUUGAUUACAAGGGGCUCAAGCUGGGCGCUCGGGCGGACCGCAUUGAACCUUUUGAUUGCGGCGCGAAAGAACCCCAGCAUUUCAUUUGUCUUCCACCACCCCACGUCACAAUGUCGAAAAGACAAGCAGAGCUUCCCUUAGGGGAGAAUUUCCCUGGUUCUCCCGCCUCCAAGAAAGCUCGCCUCGAGGAUGACGUUGCUUCAGAUGAUCCAAACGGUAACAGCUUUACGCGAGUUCACGACCAGGAGCUAGAACAUGACAAGCGCAAUGGCACACAGACUCGCACAGCUAUCGAUCUGGAAGAGAAGGAGCUGCAGGAAGAAUCAUCGGAUGUUUCUGGAUCAUCAGACCUCGAUGAAGAGGCACCCGCCCUCAGUGCGCCCAAACGACAGACGCAGCCGAUCGAAGGCUAUGGUGACCUCUAUCUCGACACUGUCAACCGUGGAGUGCUGGACUUCGAUUUCGAGAAGCUGUGCUCGGUCAGUCUCUCGAAUAUCAACGUGUAUGCGUGUCUCGUCUGUGGCAAAUAUUUCCAGGGUCGCGGUCCCAAGUCGCAUGCGUAUUUUCACGCACUCGAGAUCGGCCACCAUCCUUUUAUCAAUAUGGGGACGAAGAAGGUAUAUGUUUUGCCGGAGGGCUAUGAAGUGAAAAGCAAGAGUUUGGAAGAUAUCAAAUAUGUCGUAGAUCCGCACUUCACCAAGGAUGAGGUGAUGAAACUUGACAAGGAAGUCCACGAUGCAUGGGACCUUUCCGGUUCCCGGUACAGACCAGGAUUCGUCGGUAUGAACAACAUCAAGGCUAACGACUACUUAAACGUGGUUGUCCAAUUGCUUGCACAUGUUCACCCCAUCCGGAAUUUUUUCCUUCUCCACAAGUUUCCCGCUCCAGGCACGCCCGAACUAGCCCUUCGAUUCAGUACUCUAGUACGGAAACUAUGGAAUCCCAAGGCUUUCCGAUCUCACGUCUCACCCCAUGAGCUUCUGCAAGAGAUUGCGCUGAGGUCAUCAAAGCGCUUCACCCUCACCCAACAAUCCGACCCCGUGGAAUUCCUGUCCUGGUUCCUUAACAACCUGCACCUGUCUCUGGGUGGCUCGAAGAAACCAUCCUCAACGCCUACCAGUAUAAUUCAAGCUGCCUUCCAGGGCCAACUUAGAAUCGAGAGCCAAGCCAUUACUGCGCAUUCAGACACCCAAAAUGCUCGAUUGGUGUUCACAGAAUCCGGCGAUAUUAAAAGCCAGGUUACACCCUUCCUCAUCCUUACUCUCGACUUACCGCCAACACCGCUCUUUCAAUCCGCAAAUCGGGAGUCCAUCAUCCCGCAAGUGCCUCUCACUACACUUCUGAAUAAGUACAACGGCUUAACGGCGUCCGAAAAAAUGGCGCAGCGUGUUCGGCAUCGCCUUCUUCACCCUCUUCCGCCGUUCCUUCUUUUCCAUAUCAAACGUUUCAGCAAGAACCGUUUCGUCUCAGAACGUAACCCCACGAUCGUCACCUUCCCCUCUCCGCGCUCCCUCGACAUGUCCCCGUAUGUCGAGCCCAACCCUGACGUUUGGCCUCCGGGGGAGCCCAUUAUGUAUGACCUUGUGGCAAAUAUUAUCCUUGAUCCUGCGGUUGCUGCGCCCGGUGCCACUGAAGAUGCGGCGGAGAAGGGUGUCAAUGCAGCCACUGGGUCUGGCGGCUCUUCAGGAGCUGGCGCUGGCGCUGGCAGCGAAAAGGUUUCUUGGCUUGUACAGCUACAUGAUAAGGCUGUAUCAACAGAGACUUCACGCCACACUGGCGGUACUACGGAACAGCAGCAACGGGGUGCGGAGUGGCUCGAAAUUCAAGACUUGUUCGUGAAACGUGCUGAGAGUGAGACCCUAUUUACCCGUGAAGGCUACUUGAUGGUCUGGGAACGGCGGAAGGUCCCUGGACAAAAGGGCAAGAGCAAAUUAAAAUAA